UGGUGCGUAAGGAGCUGGCCGGCGGUGGCCGUUCUCCGUAAGAUGGCGGACCGGCGGCGGCAGCGCGCUUCGCAGGAUACGGAAGACGAAGAAUCUGGUGCUUCGGGCUCCGACAGUGGCGGCUCUCUAGCGCGGGGCGGCGGGAGCUGCAGCGGGAGCGCUGGAGGCGGCGGCAGCGGCUCUCUGCCUUCCCAGCGCGGUGGCCGCGGCGGGGCCCUCCAUCUGCGGCGGGUGGAGAGCGGGGGCGCCAAGAGCGCUGAGGAGUCCGAGUGUGAGAGUGAAGAUGGCAUGGAAGGUGAUGCUGUUCUCUCCGACUAUGAAAGUGCAGAAGACUCAGAAGCUGAAGAAGGGGAAUACAGCGAAGAAGAAAACUCCAAAGUGGAACUGAAAUCAGAAGGUAAUGAUGCUGCAAAUUCUUCAGCAAAAGAAGAGAAGGGAGAAGAAAAGCCUGACACCAAAGGCACCGUGACUGGAGAGAGGCAAAGUGGGGAUGGACAGGAGAGCACAGAACCUGUGGAGAACAAAGUGGGUAAAAAGGGCCCUAAGCAUUUGGAUGAUGAUGAAGAUCGGAAGAAUCCAGCAUACAUACCCCGGAAAGGGCUCUUUUUUGAGCACGAUCUUCGAGGGCAAACUCAGGAGGAGGAAAUCAGACCCAAGGGGCGUCAGCGAAAGCUAUGGAAGGAUGAGGGUCGUUGGGAGCAUGACAAGUUCCGCGAAGAUGAACAGGCUCCAAAGUCCCGACAGGAGCUUAUUGCUCUUUAUGGCUAUGAUAUUCGCUCAGCUCACAAUCCUGAUGACAUCAAACCCCGAAGAAUCCGGAAACCUCGAUUUGGGAGUCCUCCCCAAAGAGAUCCAAACUGGAUUGGUGAGCGUCCAAACAAGCCCCAUCGCCAUCAGGGUCCUGGGGGUACCCUACCACCAAGGACAUUUAUUAACAGGAAUGCAGCAGGUACUGGCCGCAUGUCUGCACCCAGGAAUUACUCUCGAUCUGGGGGCUUCAAGGAAGGUCGUACUAGUUUUAGGCCUGUGGAGGCUGGUGGGCAGCAUGGUGGCCGGUCCGGUGAGACUGUUAAGCAUGAGACUAAUUACCGGUCACGGCGCCUAGAGCAGACUUCUGUGAGGGAUCCAUCCCCAGAAGCAGAUGCUCCAGUGCUCGGCAGUCCUGAGAAAGAAGAGGCAGUCACAGAGACAUCAGCUGUUGCUCCUGACACAGCACCACCAGCCCCUGACAGGCCUAUUGAGAAGAAAUCUUAUUCCCGGGCAAGAAGAACCCGAACCAAAGUUGGAGAUGCAGUCAAAGCUGUUGAGGAGGUUCCCCCUCCACCUGAAGGGCUGACCUCAGCACCUCCAGUCUCAGAAACCACCCCUCCUCCAUCUACUAAGACAGGGAACUGGGAAGCUCCAGUAGAUUCUGCUGCAGGUGGACUAGAACAAGAUGUGGCACAACUAAGUAUAGCAGAACAGAAUUGGAGUCCAGGACAACCUGCAUUCUUACAACCACGGGAGCUUCGAGGUGUGCCGAACCACAUACACAUGGGAGCAGGACCUCCACCUCAGUUUAACCGGAUGGAAGAAAUGGGUGUCCAGGGUGGUCGAGCGAAACGCUAUUCAUCCCAGCGGCAGAGACCUGUGCCAGAGCCUCCUGCCCCUCCUGUGCAUAUCAGUAUCAUGGAGGGACAUUACUAUGAUCCACUGCAGUUCCAGGGACCAAUCUAUACCCAUGGUGACAGUCCUGCCCCACUGCCCCCACAGGGCAUGAUUGUACAGCCGGAAAUGCACCUUCCUCACCCAGGUUUACAUCCCCACCAGACACCGGCACCUCUGCCCAAUCCAGGCCUCUACCCACCACCAGUGUCCAUGUCUCCAGGACAGCCACCACCCCAGCAGUUGCUUGCUCCUACUUACUUUUCUGCUCCAGGAGUCAUGAACUUUGGUAAUCCCAGUUACCCUUAUGCUCCAGGAGCACUGCCUCCCCCACCACCUCCUCAUCUAUAUCCUAAUACACAGGCUCCAUCACAGGUAUAUGGAGGAGUGACCUACUAUAACCCUGCCCAGCAGCAGGUGCAGCCAAAGCCCUCCCCACCCCGGAGGACUCCCCAGCCAGUCACCAUUAAGCCCCCUCCACCUGAGAUUGUAAGCAGGGGUUCCAGUUAACAUGACUUUCUGAAUAUUUUAACUCUAACAUCAUAGAGAAAACAGCGGAGAUGAGAUCUCAGGAGGGAAGAGAAAUUCAACUGGCUAUCUAUCACCCUGAGGGCUUCAAAGGUAUAGGGUGGCCCUACCAGCAAGCAUCUGAAGGAGGAGGAGCCCUCUUCCUCUGAGGACAGGCUCUGCUGGAGAGAGGAGAAACAGGUGACCUCCUCGCACCUCCACUCUUCACUUGAGCUGUCUGUGCUCAGGGGAGCAGAGACCCAGACAGCCCAGGCUUCUGAGGAUAGAUUCAGAAGCCCAAGUCUUGCUCUUCUUCAUUUUCUCCUGGGAAAUUUAAGUGUCUUCUCCCAGGGAAGUUCCUGCCUGUUUGUUUUGUUUCCUAAAAUGUUUGUUUUUAAAGCCUGGCUUGCUAUUUUUAAAUUAAUAUUUUUAGUUUUUCUGUUUCUUUCUCUCUGCCUUUAAAUGAAACAAGUUCAUUCUUCUGGUUUUCUAGCCCCUCUGGGUUCCCUUUUGACUCUUUUCCUACAUCCCAGAUAAUUGAGAAUGUAUCAACCAAGUGUAAAAAGAGCUGGCCUUUCACUUUUGGUGGGCCUUUGUUAUUCUCUUGUAUACUUGAAUUCUCUUAACUCCUCUAACCCUGUGGAAACAAAGCUGUCUACACACAGUGUCCCUUUGUGGAGAAAAGCUCAGAGUGGGUGAGUAGGAGCCCUUUUUUGAUUUAGGUUUUACAAGUCUGAGCUUCAAACAGUACCUGUGCUCUGGUAGGCUUCAGUCCUCUACUGAGGGCAAAGUCUCUACUGUGGGGAGAAAUGGCAAACCAGAUACUUUUUCAAGGAAAGAGGGUCGAGUGAGAGUCUUUGCACCUUAGGGGAAUGUAUUCACACAGUCCUCAGGACUCAGACUUUGAGGUUAGUGGAAUUAGAGGACCCUGCUUCUCUUCUUUCCAUUCCUACCCCACUCCCUUCUCAGUUGCUAUGGACCAAUGCAUCUCUCUAGAGGCAAAUACAGCAAGCAGUCUACCUUGUCCUCUGCAGUUGCUCUUCUCCAUAAUUUUCCUGCUACAAGUGUUUUAGGUGUUACUUCCCCAAGUUGUCCUGUUCUUGCAAACAGAAGAUAUGGCACCUGGGCUUAAGGCCUAAGGAAGCCAGUCAGUCACCUUCUGGGCAAGGGCUCUCCCUUCUGUCCUCCCUGUCCAUGGCACCAACCUGCUGCCUCUGCGGGAUAGCUUCCUGUUAUUGCAGCACUGUGUCUGCCAGGGGAAACUUGGCUACUAUCCCUGUCCUUCUACAGAACCUGAGGGAGAAGGUUCCCCUAGUAAUGUCACUGUCUGUUCUUACUCCUUCCCUCCAGCAGCUGGCCUAGCCACUGAGUCAAGGUGUGGGAUUAGGAAGGAGGAGAGGCAAUUAAGCUGUAACCCCCAAGAAGGAAAUAACUAAGAGGUUCCUUCCAGGGGUAGCCGGCGGUUGUGCCUUUUGUAGGCUUUAUUUUGCCUUAAACCUGAAGAUGUCUCCUCAAGCCUGUGGGCAGCAUGCCCAGAUUCCCAGACCUUAAGACACUGUGACAGUUUUCUGUCUGUCCACUAUGUUUAGUUGCAAGGAUUUCUCCAUGUGUGUUGUUGUUUUUUUUAUUUUUUGUUGUUGUUGUUACUGUUUUAAAGGGUGCACAUUUGUGAUCAACAUUAUGACUUGGAGAUAAUAAAAUUUAGACUAUAAACUUG